AUGGCUGGCAGUGCAGACCUCACUUUCUCCACUGGUGCAACCAAAGAGACCAUAAACCAGAAUCAAGAAGUAGACAAAAUUGGUACACACAAGCCUGGAAUUGAUGGAAAUGGUUUAAUGGUUACUGCAAAUUUGCCAAAGGUAACAGUGCCUGUACGCGAGAGAGAUUCCAUAAGACGACCACGUGGCAGGCCAGCCGGCUCCAAGAACAAGCCCAAACCACCAAUCAUUAUUACAAGGGACAGUGCUAAUGCAUUACGAGCACACGCAAUGGAGGUGAAUUCAGGCUGUGAUGUGAACGAAAGCUUAGUGAAUUUUGCACAAAGGAAGCAACGUGGCAUAUGCGUGCUGAGUGCAACAGGGUGUGUGACAAACGUGACAUUGCGCCAACCAGCCACAUCAGGGUCCAUUGUCACACUCCACGGGCGGUUUGAAAUCCUGUCGAUGCUCGGGUCAGUCCUUCCACCACCAGCACCACCAGGGGUAACAGGGCUAACAAUUUACUUAGCAGGGGCUCAGGGACAGGUUAUAGGUGGGGGUGUAGUGGGUGCACUUAUAGCCUCAGGGCCAGUGGUGAUUAUGGCUGCAACUUUUAUGAACGCGACGUUUGAUCGUUUGCCAUUAGACGAUGAUGAAUUGGUCGCUGCUGCUUCAGCUCAAAACCAACAUUACCAAAAGAAUCAUCAGCGUCAUCAGGUUGAUGUUCCUGAUAUUUAUAGCUUGCCACAGAGUGUAAUUACUAAUGGUGCUUUGCACCCUGAGGUCUAUUCAUGGGCACCUGGACGGACUUUAUCGAAGUCCUAG